AUGUCAGAGAUAUUACCCGAGGGAUCCGAGCUUUACAUCCCUACAGCAGAAGAAAUAAUAGAGUUGAUCAGAACGAUGGUAGAAGAAGGCGCUGGCGAUGCAGUGAUAGAGUCGCCCAUGCAGGAAGACCAGGCAGGCCAAUGCGAUGGGCCGAGGACUGCUACCCAGAGUCCGAGUACAGUUCUGAGGAACGGCCAAGCUCACCUGACUACAACAGCCCAAACGACUAUGACUAUUGAGGAACCGAAUGGAGUAGAGGAAGCCGACGCAACAGAAGAAGUAAUGGAAGUGAUGAUCGGUGAACGUAAAAAAGAAGGCGAAGCAAUGUCAGUGACAAAGUUGAAGAGGAAGCGGAAAAAGGAGAUGAAAAAGGAUUUCGAACGCAGAAAAAGAAGUUUGCGAAUGAAGUUUGACGUUGACGAAGCAUACUUCCUAGGAGAGUUGAUCGAGCAGAAUGGGUUCGAAGGCUCGACAACUGCAGCCAAAUACCUAGGAAAGUACUGGCGAAAAGUAGUUCUCUCUGUUUACCACUACAAUAAGGAACGUUCAGACUGGGACGACACUCUCACACACGGCGAUUACUAUUAUAUGAAGUUGGAAAGAAGGCGCCAGCAGAAGAAAGCAGAAACCUA